GGAAAGGCUAGAAAUCUUUGGGGAACCCUGCCUAGAAGUUCCAGGUGUCUUAGGGCCACAGAAUCAGGAAGAUGCCGAAUCCCUGUCUCCACCCCUCCAUACCCCAACCCCGUGGCUGGGGGGCUCAGAAGGCAGCCUGUGUCCUGUUGAGCCUCUGCCUGGUCACUGUGUAUAGCCUUGGGGAGCCAGCUGCCCACACCCUGCAGUGGCUACUGUUCUACUUUACUGCUAUGCAGGUGAAGCUGCUGCUGAAGAGCGCCUGCUGCCUGGCUGAGGAACUGUGUCAUAUCCAAUCCAGGUACCAGGGUAGUUACUGGCAGGCAGUACAAGCCUGUAUGGGCUGUCCACUCCAGCAGGGUUUUCUGUUGCUGCUCUCAGGAUAUUUCUGCGUCACCCUCUCCAGUAAGCCAAACCUGUCGCUCCUCUGGACUCUUGCCAUGCUGGGCCUUGCUCAAGCACUGAGCUUCAUCCUAGGACUCCAGAGCCUGACUCCAGCUGAGAUCUCUGAAGUCUGUGAAAAGAAACAUCUCAAUGUGGCCCAUGGACUGGCUUGGUCCUAUUAUAUUGGGUACUUGAAGCUGAUCCUGCCUGGGCUUCAGGCCCGAGUCCAAGCGUACAAUCAGUUCAACAAGGAUGUCUUGGGGAGCCCUGAGGGCCAUCGGCUUCACAUCCUCAUCCCCCUGGAUUGCAGAGUCCCUGACAACCUGAGUCAGGCCGACCCCAACAUUCGCUUCCUGCAAGAACUCCCCCAGCACCGAGCUGACCGGGCAGGCAUCAAAGGCAGGGUCUACACCAACAGCAUCUACAAAAUCUGGGAAGAUGGGCGGCUGGCUGGAGUCUGUAUCCUGGAGUUUGCCACCCCACUGCAGACCCUGUUCGCCAUGUCCCAGGAUGGGCGGGCUGGCUUUAGCCGGGCAGACCGCCUGGAGCAAGCCAAGCUUUUCUGCCGGACACUAGAAGACAUCCUAGAGGAUGCCCCUGAGGCCCGUAACCACUGCCGCCUCAUCGUGUACCAGGAACCUGAGGACAGCACUCCAAGCAACUUCUCUCUGUCUAAAGAAAUUCUUCGCUCCCUUAGGCAAGAGCGGCAGGAAGAGUUUGCUAUGGAGCCCAGGAGGGACAAGAGUGUGGCCAGCGCCUCCACCUUGUCCCAGGAGCCAGAGCUCCUCAUCACUGGCAUGGAGCAGCCUCUGCCCCUCCGUACCGAUGGCUUCUGAGCAAGCAGGCCAGGGACCAAAGGGACCCUGGCCACUCUGGGCCAGGCAGUUACACCUGCCGGCCUCAGGACUCUGUGUUCUCCUUAUGGAACUCUAAACCAAGAAUCCUGGAUCCCAGGACAGCCCUUACAGCCACUUCCCCAACAAAUUCUGACUCUUCAUACUGAGGAGAAGAGACUUGUGUA